GGGGGAGUGUGCCCCGCGGACGGGUGUGCGCGGGUGUGCGGGAGCGUCUUCCACAGGGCUGUGCGGGAAUGUGAAAGCAUCAUCCACAGGGAUGUGCGGGAAUGUGAAAGCAUCAUCCACAGGGAUGUGCGGGAAUGUGAAAGCAUCAUCCACAGGGAUGUGCGGGAAUGUGAAAGCAUCAUCCAUAGGGAUGUGCGGGAAUGUGUGGGAGCAUCAUCCACAGGGAUGUGCGGGAAUGUGCGGGAGCGUCAUCCACAGGGAUGUGCGGGAAUGUGAAAACAUCAUCCAUAGGGAUGUGCGGGAAUGUGCGGGAGCGUCAUCCAUGUGGAUGUGCGAGAAUGUAGAGGAACAUCAUCCACGCGGGUGUGCGGGACUGUACAGGAAUAUAAUCCACGCGGGUGUGCGCGGGUGUGCGGAAGCAUCGUCCACAGGGGUGCGGGAUGCGGCGGAGCGCGGCGGCGUGCUGGGCGCUGGUGCUGUUGGCCGCCGCCUUCUGCGACACGGCGGCGGGCAAGGGCGGGCGCGGCGGCGCCCGGGGGGCGGCCCGCGGAGCGGCGCGGGGGGCGGCCCGCGCCCGGCCCAGGGCGGCCGUGCCCCGGUACGGCUCUGCCGGGGCCGCCCUGCGCGUGGCCGGGGCGGCGGCGGCGGGGGCGGCGGCCGGCGUGGCGGCGGGGGCGGCCCUGCGCCGGGCGCGGCUCUCCGGGGAGCUGCAGGCGGGGGACGGCGUCGAGUACCGCGACGGCAACUGGACGGCGGCCGCCAGCGCCUGGACCUCCGCCGCGCCCGCCGGGACCGCGCCGGGCCGGGCGCUGCCCUGGCUCUGCCCGCUGGCCGCGCUCCUCCGCCGCUGAUGCAUCCCGGGGGACCCGACCGUGCCCGGAACACCCAGGACGCCGCGAGGACCGGGCGCCCCACCGGGGGCUGAGCCCUGCGCCCCGGGAUAGCAACAGCUCCUGGGGCUGAGCCCACCCACUGCCAGCGGGGCAGGACCCCCGCGGGAGCCCCUCCACCACCUCCCCCCAUGCCGUGCCAAACCCCGCCGGCUCGGGCACCCCUUUGCACCGCGCCUCUGUCCCUGGCCUCGCGAGGACGAGGAGGCGACAAUAAAGCUGGACAAAAGCA